AUGUGCAGCUCCGCCGAUUCGGGCACACGACGAGCACAUCGAAAGUCCAGGGGUGGCUGCCACGAGUGCAAAAGACGCAGGAUCAAGCAUUGCCGUUAUCAUGUUUUCGCUGACACUCGGCCGCGGUGCGAUGAGGCAAGACCAAGUUGUGCCGCAUGCGUGCGACAUAGCCAUGAGUGUGUGUACGGCGCAGACCACCGGCCGUUUUCGCACAAAGCACCAAUAACACGAACACACACUGCUGAACCAUCGCCUGCAUCCUCUUCCAUGUCGACAUCGGCAUCAGACGCUCCUGCAUGCUUCACAUUAACCUCAACCGAUCUUUCCCUCCUGCAUCACUGGACGCGUACAGCCAGCCGGACCAUCGUUCCUACACCCCAUGCCCACGAGCUCUGGCAGGACAUCUUCCCACACAUUGGCUUCAAACACCCCUUCGUUCUGCACGCCAUCCUCAGUCUCUCCGCCCUCCACCUAGCUGAGCAAGAUCCAGCAGAACACACUACACGCCAUCUCCACGACGCUGUCCAGAGGCACAACGAGGCGGUCAGAGGCUUCCAAGACACGAUACGCUGUCUCCCAGACGUAUCAGACGGCGUCUGCGAAGCACUGUUUGCCUGCGCCUCAAUCAACAUCGUCGUCGUGCUCUGUAUGUACACUCACUUCGGGGACCAGAACGACACCGACACCGAUCCCGCUGCUCGUGAGCAACGCAUCUUGGGCGCUACGUGGAUUCCUAUGAUUCGUGGAGUGCAGGCUGUGCUGGAACCGACGUAUGAUCGGGUACGACUGGGACCUCUGGCGCCUAUGCUCCACGACGCAGGCUGGGCGACCCUGGACCCUCAUCAAUCUCCCGUGCCUGAGGAUGAGCACUACCGUCGUCUGCAGUCGCUGUGGGCAUUCGACUCCGAUCGCGGGAUGUACGACCAGACGCUGCAUGAGCUUCGCAAGUGCUACAUUUACACCAAAGAGCGUGAGGCGAGACACGGGCAGCUUGUGCACUGGGCUGAUCAUCCGAGUUGUGCGGGCGCGAUGAUGUGGGUGCAGAAUACUUCUGAUUCGUUCUUUGCACGACUCAAUGAGAGGCGGCCGGCGGCGCUGCUCGUGUUUGGGUACUUGGGUCCUAUACUGCAUUUGUUGGAAAAUCAAGGGUAUUGGUUCCUCAAGACAGGGGGUCGGAAGAUUGUGCAGGUUGUCAGUGAACUUCUUGGCCCGUCGUGGAAGAGCUGGAUGAAGUGGCCCCGGGAAGAGGUUGGUCUUGGAUGA